AUUUAUUUGAAAUUAUAUGGCUUAAAAUACAACAAGUGGACCCAUGCAGAAGUUUAAAAUUGUCUUCUUAGGUAAUCAAUCAGUUGGCAAGACAUCAAUAAUCAAUCGAUUUAUUUUCGACAAUUUCACAGGUAAUGAAUAGGUAAUUGGAAUUCAAAUAAUAAUAGCCUACUGUUGGAAUUGAUUUUAUAUCUAAGACACUUCAAGUGGAUAACAAAUCUGUCAGACUUUAGUUAUGGGAUACUGCAGGAUAGGAGAGGUUCAGAUCUCUUAUUCCUAGUUAUAUAAGGGAUUCCUAAGCCGCCAUUAUAUGCUAUGAUAUCACAAGUAAGAGAAAUUUCUUAUUAAAGAUGACAAAUCUUUUUCAGAUUUAUAGAAAUGGAUUGAGGAUGUGAAAGAUGAAAGAGGAGAUGAAGUUUUAAUCUAUAUUUUGGGGAAUAAGACAGAUCUAGAAUCAGAAAGACAAAUUCAAUUUGAUGUAGCCGAAGCAAAAGCAAAAGUAUUAAUAUUUGAUUGACAAUUUCAAGGAAUUAGGAGCAUCAUUUUCAGAAGUAUCUGCUAAAAGUGCACAUAAUGUAGCAGAAUUCUUUAAAAAAUUAUCUUAUGAUUUGCAAGGAAAUCCAAAUGAAUAAUAAUCAUCAUAGCCACUAUAAUAAUAAGUAAAACUUAAAUUUAACUCAAUAGAAAGGCCAAUAAUAAUAGUAAUUGUAGAGCUAAACUUAAUAACUAAAACCAAAUGAUGCUACAGAAGAUAAAAAGUAAGGAGGUGGAUGUUGUUGAACAUUAAUUUAUUCAAUUUUAUUAUUUUGAAC